AAAUAGGGACAUGGCGAUGGUGUGAAUGGGGGCUAUUGAGUCGGCGUGGCUGUGUAUUGUGCGUGUGGUGUGAGAGGGGGAGGGAUCUGGUAGGCGCGUCUUUCUGGUGUCUUCGCCAUUUCAGUCGAGACUGGGAUCCUGGGCCUGGCUGCUGGGUACGAAGCGACUGAAAGGAUUGUGGUGUGAGACUCAAGCCAAAAUGGUUAAAAUCUUCGUUGGGAAUCUUUCCCCAAACACAACCACCGAUGAGCUUCGCUCUCUGUUCUCUCAGUAUGGGAAAAUAUCUGAAUGUGACAUAGUGAAGAACUUCGGCUUUGUCCACAUGGACGACAAAGCUGAGGCUGAGGAGGCCAUCCGCAACCUUCAUCACUACAUGCUUAAUGGCCUUGCCAUGAAUGUGGAAAUGAGCCGAGGAAAACCGAAGGCUUCCACUAAGCUUCACGUGGGGAACAUCAGUAGUAGUUGUACCAACCAGGAGUUGCGGGCCAAGUUUGAGGAGUAUGGUCCUGUGGUUGAGUGUGAUAUUGUGAAGGACUAUGCCUUCGUACACAUGGAGAGGGUGGAGGAUGCUAUGGAAGCCAUCAGUGGGCUGGACAACACAGCCUUUCAAGGGAAACUGAUGAGCGUGAAGCUUUCGACUAGCCGACUGCGUACUGCGCCGGGAAUGGGAGAGAGGACGGGUUGUUAUCGGUGUGGGCAGGAAGGCCACUGGUCCAAAGAGUGCCCGCUGGACCAGAAUGGUUCCUACCGAGAGGGCUCAGAAGGAUACGGUCCCCCAAGAUUCAGUGGGGGUAGUGGUGGUGGUGGUGGUCGCGGCGGUCGCGGUUUCCAUGGUGGCGGCUUCAAUGGCGAACCGGCCUACGGCGGCAACUAUGCACCCGUGCAGGGAUUCUCUCGCGGAGACGGUUACCCUAGUGGCCCUGGGUUCGGACGUGGCACAAGCUAUGAGAGUGCAGUGAGUUAUGGUGUGCCACCGAGCUACAGCGUUGGCGCGGUGUACGGCAGCGAAGCGACGUAUGCCAGCAGCGGCGCGGGCUAUGGCAGCGCGGUGCCCGGGUACCCCAUUCGGCGAGCGCCCUAUGACGAACGGGAUCCGUACGGGGUGGUGGACUACUACGAAAAGUAUCGGGCGCGUCCGUAUGGAGGCGGGUAUUUCGAAGACCGGCGCGCUGUCCCUGUUCCUGCCCCUCCUCCCCCUGCGUCCUCAACCAUUGCUCGAGAUCGCCUGUCCUCUUCUAACCUUGACCCAUACGAGCGCCGCCCCAUUCCCCCUACACCGACCCCCAUCUCUUCAUACUAUACCCGCGAUCGGAGCCCGAUUCGACGACUCCCCGUCGAGGCGGAAGGAUAUUCGUACGAUCGGUCGCGCAUCUCCCCGGUUCCCUCGAUCAACCGGAGCUCUGCGUACGACAUGGCGCGGGAUCCCUACGGCGAUCGGGCACGCUACGCGUUCUAACCUAACACCUGCCUAUGAUUAGCUAAUGUCCACACUCACACUGUACAGUACAACAAAUAUUUCUCUAACCUUUAGUGUUGUUUCUGGACUUUCAGGGGUGCGUAGCAUUUAUGUAUUGGGUAAAAGUCAUGCUGACAAAUAGGAAAACUGGUUUCAGAUUGGUUUUAGUGUUUAGGUUCAUUCAAAGUUUAUCCAUUUAACAGUUGUAAUUUUAGUUCUUUAGUUAUAAAGAUUUUUUUGUUUUGCAGGGAUUCUGAUUACCAAGCAUACACCAAAGGAAUGUCAAUUUCUACAAGAUUUAUAAUUUCUCUAACAUAUCAUUGUCCAUUGUCCAAAAGAAAUUGGGAAAAUUGGCUUGGAAUUGCAGUCUAUAUCACAACUAGUUCUGAUGAAAAUUUACAGGUGAUUUUAUACAGAAGCCUGCCCUAAGCAGUGCCUGCAACAUAAUACAGAGUAAAAAAUACCACAAAAUAAAUGGCUAAUAGUUAGUGUUAUUUACAGUCUUGCAGAUUUUGGUAAAAAAAAUAGUUUAAUGUAUGCUUGGGACCGGGAUCCGAGUUUAAAUUCAAGUAAUGCUACUUUGCUCCCAUAUUGGCUGGGAAAGAUGGCUUAGUUUGUCUCCGCAAUGAAAGAAUGCUGGCUUUAGCCAAAAACAGGCCUCUGCUGACUAGAAAACUAGACAAUUUAGGCUCUUGUCAAAACCUGAUUGCCCUACAACUCUGCAUUAGAAGGGUAGUUGAGAAAGGUGUUACAGUGGCUUGGAAGUCUCUGCAGAAGCAUAUGCUUAUUUCACAUUCCCAAAUGCUUCAGACAGUGUGUAGGAAUUAGUGAUUAGUGUCUAACAUUGUGGAUAUUUAAAAUUUGGCAGAAAUUCCCCAAAAAACAAGAACGUUGUGAGUGUCUGUCUGUCUUUCUGUCUCUUUACAGGUGUUCCUCAGUCAAACCUUCACAGAUAUAGUUAUUCAGAGAUUUUCAGUGAAUAAGUUCCGGCCUGAUUGUGACAUUGCAGAUAAAGCGCUUUUUCUUAGAAGUUUUACCUUUUUGCUUUUGCUUUAUGUUUAUUCAUCAUUCAACGCAAGUAUGUAAGUCUUUUGAGUUAGUUAAAAAGAAUUUACAGAGCCUCUAAUUGGAGGUCAUUUAUAAUGAAAUCCAAAUACGGUAGAUCUGAUUUUGUACUGGAUUUUUUUUUAAAUGUAAAUGGACAGUAGAACAUUUCCUCAGAAAAAGAAUAUUUGCAGUUGGGUAAAUUAUGUUAAAAUUAACCAACAUAUGCUUUUACUGAGCAUAGGACUAAAGCUAGGUUGAAAGUGUGUUUGUUAAACUGCUAACCUCUAAAAAUGGAUUUGUAAAAAAUAAUUACUUUUUAAUCAGUUCUCUGUUUCUAAUUUGUUUUUCUUUUUGACACGUCCAUGAUCCAAAUUUAGCUUCGAAGCUAACAUUCUAUCUGUAUUUAGUUUUUCUUUUUUUUUUUCUUAGAUGCCUUCCUAAAGGCUGAAGCAGACUUUUAAGUUUUUGAAUUAAUAAUUUUUACCCAGUAAGCUCUCAGAGGUUCUACAGGGGCCAUUUGAAGGCUGAUGCUGAUCUCUGUGAGAUAUGGAGCAACAGUGGUGUUUUACAGGUUCUGUUCAGCCACACUAGAAGGAAUUCCAGUGAUACAAAGUAUAUUGUGAUAUUUUACAUUAGUGAACUGCUUUGUUGUGUAUAAAAAUGAGCACAUGCCAAAAGUAGCAGGCCUGACUUAGCAGUGUUACAGGUAUUGAACUUCAUUAAUGUUCUCAAUAAAGUUGCUGUAUUUGGG